CUGCAGCCAUGUUGCGGUUUGUUGUUCCGUGGGUGGGCGUACCUCUGGCCGCUCUCCGGGCGGUGAUUGGACAGCCUCGCCGCAGUGGGCGUGUCGCUCGCACGGUGAGACUGUGCAGUGUUUCCGGGCUGUCAAACACUGGCUGGCGGAGCUCGGUGUCUCUGCCGGUAUCGCACUGUGUAUGAAUGGAGUCAGCGCAGAGCACCCGCCCGGUCCGGCUCUAUGUGUACGACCUGUCCCGGGGCCUGGCCCGCAGGCUCAGCCCUGUCAUGCUCGGUAAGGGGGGGAAUGCCAUUGGGAAUGGUGGGAGGGGGGUCUGUCUGGGUAAUGGGGACAGUGUCUGAAUGGACAGUAUGCUCAAUGCUGGGUCAGGGGCCUCCACAUAUCACAGCAAAUACCACUAUAGAGAAAUAGAAUACUAUAUAAAAAUAGAAUACUAUAUAGAAUACUAUAUAGAAUACUAUAGAGAAAUAGAAUACUUUAUAGACUACUAUAGAGAAAUAGAAUACUAUAGAGAAAUAAAAUACUAUAGAGAAAUAGAAUACUAUAGAGAAAUAAAAUACUAUAUAGGGAGGGGGAGCCAAAGGGACACAGAGGCUAAUGAUAUGUGUGAUAACAAAUUGCAAAAUUCAGGCUAAAAUAGACAUAACUGAUUUGUAGAGAUUUUCCCCCAAAAUCAACUAUUCUGGCCUGAAUUCACAGUUUGUCUGUUAAAGGAACACUAUAGCGUUAUGAAUACAAAUAUGUAUUCCUAACGCUAUAGAACCCUAGUCACCUAAACUGUGACUAGGGCCCCAUUCAGCAGCAAAUAAAUGGUUAAUUAAUUGGCAUUUAAUUCUCUGAAAUUGCUAUGUUUACAGCCGCAGGGUUACAACUAGAGGGACCUGGCACCCAGACCACUUCAUUGAGCUAAAGUGGUCUGGGUGCCUGUAGUGGUUCUUUAAUGUAACACUAUGCUAAAGUCUAGGCAGUGUCUAUCAGGUAGACAGGCACCAGAGGUAGUUUCAAUGGUCUGGGUGACAAUUCCAAUCUAAUAUUCACUUUGAAUUCCUGACAAUUGUCACUUUAGUGAAUAACUAGUCUCUAUAAACUGUGUGGUGCAUUGCUGAAUCUGUUGCUGUAAUGAUAUUUAGCGAAGCUCUGUGCUGCAUGCACUAAUCCACAGAAAUAAACAACGCAGUUGUGCCACAGGAAUACAAUAAAAUACUGUUAUCAGUAAUCAAGUGAAAUAGUCCAAAAUAAAAAAGGAAUACCCCUUUAAAUGCAAGAUAAGCAUCUUGGGUAGAUGGUAGGGAUGGAUGGUAGAUUCUUCUACUUGAAAGUAGGUUCCUUGGUAAGAUCCGUAUAGAUAUGAAAAACGGGAAAUACAAUAGUGCAAUAAAUCAAUAUAAGCGUGGUGUAUGUAGAAAAACAGCAAUAUCUUGCGUUUAAUGGAGCUAUGACCAGCUCCAGUUGUAGUAGUGUACAGUGGUAUAAUCCCCACGUACGGGAUAUGUGGAUAAGUGUCCAAAGAAAAGGUAGUUUUGUCGAACCCAAAAUGGCAAGAAUAUGAAAAGGCAGCUAAUAGUGCUCCCUGUUGCAAUAAAGAAUGCUACAAUAAUAAUUAUAGUGAAUACUCAAAACUAUAGACUGCUCUAUGGAUAAGGUUCCAGUGGUAUGACCCCCACCUAGGAUUUCUUUAGAGUAAUCAGGAAGUACAUAGGAUAAAAUAAAUAAUUUUUAAACAAAAGGUAAUUAGGCACAGUACCAAAAAUUCUUUAUUAGAUAAAACAAGAAAGUAAUAAUUUCCAUAACGCGUUUCACCGCGUAGAGCAUUAUCAAAUGGAAGAAAUACCAUUUGGCACUGUUUAAUAAAUUUACCUUUUAUUCCGGCGCUGCACAGGUCUGCCGCAGCUACCCCUGCCCUGUUCCACCCCGUUGGCUGGGAUCUUCACAAUUGACGAUCUCAGCCAAUCCAUUGCUUUCCCAUCGGAAUGCAUUGGGAGAUUAUUGCGUCUGCGCAGCAAAAUGCCAUGCUACGCCAAUCAGCAUCUCAUCAUAGAGAUGCAUUGAAUUAAUGCUUCUCAUUGGGAACGUUCAGUGCCUCCAUGCAGAGCGUGGAGACGCUGAAUGUCAGUGCUGCAGCACUGACCUUGGAAUCGCCUCUACUGGCCGUCUGAGUGACUGUGUUCCUAGGCAGUAAUGUAAACACUACCUUUUGUCUAACAAGGCAGUGUUUACAUUAGAGUGCCUUUAGGCACAUGCUAUACACACCAGAACAACUACAGUAAAGUGGCACUUUCAUGCCUAACUUGCAUUUCUCUAUUGUUUUCUCUUCCUCUCUCAGAAUCAGUUUUUUCUUUAUUUAGUUUUCUAGUCUGCUUCAUUUCCUGUGGUCAUAGACAUUUUCCCACAAUACUCACCUCUCCUCCAUGAUCUUCUGUUGCUUCAUUCGCAAUUCUAACGUCCUGUCAUUUAGACAGGGCGACAGCGAAUUGACUAAAUUUCCUCCUAACAGAAUGUCGAACGUUUAUCCAUUUGUGUUAGAACGAAAUCCGUGCAUUUUGUUAGUUUCCUAUUUGUGCUGCGACUUGUCUACUAAACCGUCAGCAGCCGGCAGGUGGGGUCCUAAUUGACAAUGAGGGGGGGAGGGUUGUACUGUCUCCCCCCCUUUGGAACAGACUUAAUCUCUCCUCCUUUGGUCAAAGAAGGUCAAGUGUAAGAAAAAUACCUAAGACAAGUAGUCCCUACUUUGUCUGUGGUUUAAAGAAAACUAGAUAAGAUAGGAAGAAAAAAAGAACACAGUUGUAUUGAGUCAUUCUUCGAGCUCCAUGUUAGUUCAUCACUUGUUAUUCAGAAUCCUAUAUUUGUUUUGCUGAUUUUGUUUUAUUUUCUCUUUUUUUCGUUUUGUUUGUUUUUCUUGCUUUUUCUCUCAAAAUCUAGUUAAAUGGACACUACAGAUUGGAAGUAUUUAUUAAAAAAUUUUUUUUAAAAAUACAAAUUCCGUAAAAUAAAAUUAAAAAUACCUUUUAGACUUUCUUGAGCUCAGGUAAGUAUGCAUGUCUUCAAUUCCCUUUCCACCCAGCUGCUCUAUAUAAAGCUUUCGCCUUCAUUGGCUUUUACAAAAUAUGCAAAAAACAAAAAAAGUGCUGCUUUAAAGAAACACGAGCAUUAUUGUGUCACAUAACAUUUUUAGUUAGAGAGCUUUUUAUAUAUAUAUAUAUAUAUAUAUAUAUAUAUAUAUAUAUAUAUAUAUAUAUAUAUAUAUAUAUAUAUAUAUAACAAUUCCAGGGCUUCACUUUUUAGUAUAAGAUAAACAAUGAAGCCCUGUAUAGUUGCCUGUAAUCCAGCACAGAGACAGCCUCUUCUCUGCAGCUCGAUCCACUUCCGCUGCUUAAAGGAACACUAUAGUCACCCAGACCACUUCAGCUCAAUGAAGUGGUCUGGGUGCCAGGUCCCUCAGGUUUUAACCCUGCAGAUGCAAACAUAGCAGUUUCAAAGAGGCGCAUCUGCGACGCUGGAGGCAUAUUAUGUCUCCAUCACGCAGAGCAUCUAUAGGAAAGCAUUGAAAAAUGCUUUCCUAUUGACAGCUUGAACGCACGCGCGGCACUUGCCACGCAUGCGCAUUCGGCUCCGCUGAUGUCAGCGGGGAGGAGAGGUCACCAGCGCCUAGGGAGCCCGGCGCUGGAAAAAGGUUAGCUGCUGAAGGGGUUUUAACCCCUUCAGCCCAGCGGGAGGGGGACCCUGAGGGUGGGGGCACCCUCAGGGCAUGAUAGUGUCAGGAAAACCGCUUAGUUUUCCUGACACUAUAGUGAUCCUUUAAUGACUAUUUUGCCCAAUCAAUUGCAUCUCGUAGAGAAGCAUUGAGGACCUAAUGCAUAUGCCUUGCAAUUUCUGCAAUGCACCAAUCAUUUGCUUUUCAUAGAGAAGUACCGAAUCCAAUGCUUCUCUAUGAGAAGCAUAGACUGAACAUUCAACAUCCUUUGGUUCUGGAUGCGGAAUCGCCAUCUAUUGACUGUCAGAGUACCAGCCACUGGAGGUGUGUUAAGCCUCGGCAAUGUAAACCUUGUGUUUUACACUGCGGGAGAAAAACCACAGGAGCACUGCAUGAAGACCACGUCAUUGAGAGUUGAUCGAGUUUGCAAGUUAUGUCAAGGCAGAAGCAUCACUAGCACACAAAAUAUUGAACAAACCGCACGUUUAUAGAUGUAAAAUUGUGCUGCACACUUAUAAGGAAAAUUUGGAUAGAAGUUUAUUUUUGUGCCAUCUGUACUCAUUUCAUAUUAUUUAACUACUUUAGAAGGUUUAAAAAGUGUUGAACGGGGGCGGAGCCUGGCAUCCAUGCAGGAUAGACGUGUGGUGCUCGAGCUCCCGGGCUUUCAGCACUCUUUGGGGUGAUAACCCCGAUUAAUCGGACGUACCCUGACACUGGGGGACACUACCGGGAAGCCGAGCUCGUGUGAUACGCACAGAUACCUGAAUCUAGCCUGUAACCCUUGGGAGACCUGAGCCACGCUGCUGCGGCCUACUGGGAGAGGGCUGGGGAGAGGCGGCCGAUCUCCUCGCCUUGAAAACCCCCAUUUGGCUCGGCAGCGAUCCAACCCCCCCCCCGGACCGGUGGGGGAUAUCCCGGUCCAUACCGAACACACUGGGGCAACAAGCACGGCGCCAGUCUCCUGCCACAGACUGGCUCCCGGAGGAACGUCUGAUACACCAAGCCACAAUAUGGCGGCUACCUGCUUGCCGACCACGAAGCACUUACAACCCUCCAUAGAGAAUCAAGGCAGCCUGGAAUCUACACUGCAGCGCCUGGAUGACAUUUUUCAGAGAUUCUGGCGGAGGAUCCUGGAGCGGGAGCAGACAGUCAUGGCUAAGAGGGAAAUCUUUCCUAAGAGCACAGAGCAGCCGAGAGGAAACAGGCCUCCCCCGGGCAAAGCACACAAGCCUGCGCCCACUCACUCGUCUGCUCGCCCGCCCGGGCUGAGAACCCCUCAGGGCACAACCCCCACGCUUCAGGCGCCAAAGCGGAGGAUCACCCGCCGGCACAGGCGCAUAAAACCUAAACCCACUACUCACCCAGAGAGAAGGAAGAGCCUGGCUCCAGCGAACACCAGAGUCAGCAUAAAAACAAAGCAGGCACUCAUCCAAGCCUGGGGCGGAAACGAAGUCUUGCAUCGUUAUGCCAACACCGAUCACCGGAAUGCUCAAGCACAACCCCCACAUAUGCCACAAGCGGGGAUCGGAUGAACCAGACGCAGCACAAGCAUCGCUCCCAGGGUGGGGACCACAGAGUUGUCUCCUCUUGGACUGGCACUCACAAUACCACACUGCCUGCUAUUAUGUUCUGUAAUCAUAUCAUUACUGCUUAGUUUUGUUUUUUUGUUUUUUUUUCUCUCUCCCUCUUUCCCUUAUACUUUCCUUCUCCUGCCAAUAACACAAGGGCGAUGCUAACUAUUUAGUGUUUACUGCUCCAAUUUUGAGGCACCCCGGAGGCCAGUGGUCCCAUACCAUCUGACAACCUAGAGCCCACGCCAGAACCCAUCAUUAGCCUGGUAUAACCUUGCUGUCUCACUGCUUUAACCCAGUACCUAUAGCAUGUCUCACAAUCUAUGUUACAAACUUUAUAUACCUACAUGUCUUUGAACUUGCAUGCAUAGAAUAGAAGAUCUCGCCUAGAAUCUCCUCUAGACAUGUUCUGCCUAGCCUGUACCUAUCACCAUAAAAAAUGUGUAGUAUACUCAAAUGCCUUAUAACUGUUAUGCAUUGUUCAGCUCAUUAUCUUGCCUUUGCUGUUGGGGCACUGCAAGAAUGUCUGUCACUCUCAUGCACACAAAAAUAAAGAAUUUAAAAAAAAAAAAAAAGUGUUGAACAUUCUUUUUUUAUAUGGUUAAGAAAGUGAGUUUCAGAGGGAUUUGUAAUAGGAAAGAGUGAGAGCAAAUGGAUGGAUGGUCACAGUAUGAAUGUGUAAUAACAUCUCUCGUUGUUUUUUUGUCUAGGUAAACAGUUAGAAGGAAUUUGGUAAGUAUAAAUCUUUUUUCCCAUUUGAUAAUGAUAUGUAAAGUGUCCAACAUUGGGUUGGAAACAUUUUACAGCUUUUAAGUGCCAAUACAGCUUGGAAUAUACUAGCAUUUUAGAUUCUUUUUAUAGAUGAUGCAUAGAAAAAAAUAUUCUUUGUGUAUAUAUAACUUGACUUGUAUUUGUAUGUAUAUUUUGUCCCCCAAAAACUUAGACUAAACUAAUUAAAGUAACAUUUCAAUCAUCAUAACCACUACCAAUUGAACUGUACUGUUAAAGAUCCUAUUCUUCAUUCAGGAAGAGGAAUUCAAAUAUUUUGACUCUAUCCCUAUAUUAGUGAAACUACAAUUCACAUGAUGCUCUGUAUGCUUUUAGAAUGAUAAAGUAUCAUGGAAGCCGUAGUUUUAAAACAUUUGGAGAUCUACCUAUGGGGCACCUGUGCCCUAAAUUGUAUAUUUAGCUCUGGCCCAAUUAUCCAAGAAGAUUAUUUUCCUGAGUAAUCUGCUAGGUUAAAGGAUCACAUGGUCAAUAAGGCAGAAAUCUCCCUUCCAGACAGCCAAAGUCACUGGGGGUGCUUCCGGAAUCCAAAUGGAUUUUUGGUCCGUUAUCUGACACUGGACGUCCUCACGGACCUCCAGCAUCAGUUUUUUCCACAUAGGAAAGCAUUGAAUAAUGCUUUCCUAUGGAGAAGUCUAAUGCGCGAGAGUUGGUGGAACCUGGGGGGGUGCUGGAUUCAGGUAAGUUGCUGAAGGGAUUUGGGGUGGGGCUAUUAACCUUAUAGUACCAGGAAAACUGCUUUGUUUUCCUCGCACUAUAGGAUUCCUUUAAGUCAAAUAAAUGUGUCUUCCAAUCGACAAACUAGAGAAAAUCAAAAGGGUGACCUGAUGCAUUUUUUUUUUUUUUUUUUUUUUAAGGGGAAUUGUUAAACUAAAAAGCCAUGAAAGUUCUUAAUUUAUUAACAAAACCAAAACAGUCCCUAGGCAUAUUUAGAUAAUAUAUUUUUGUAGUACCAGUGCAGAACCAUUAACUUAUAAGCUGACCUGCCCAGUCAAACUUAUAUCAGUAUUACUCUACCAAUUCCCCUUGCUGAUUACAGCAACAAGGCAAGAUCGUGGAUGAUACAGAAAAGAGUAUUUUUGUUUCAAAUGUUUUUAUUCAUGGGGUACAAGGUUUCAGUAUAAAGGUAUUCUAAAAGCCAUAAAUAAAGAUGCAGUCCAAAAAUAUCAUAACCACUGUAUAUGUUCUAGCAUGCAACAUACCGGGGAAAUUUUACGAAGCUGUGAGAAGAGAGUUGUGUGUGCAAAGGGAAUGGCACACAUUCUCCACAAAUGAAUGAAAACUUUGCAGAUAAAUUAAACUGGUUAUUUGUUGGUUUAGAGCAGUGGGUACACAUACUCCUGUGUCUCCACUCCGUAAGAAAGUUAGUGAUGUAAAAACAAAAAUCUAUGGAGAAAGCAUUGGUGGAGUCCCAUUUAUAAAUCAUUUGUUAAGCAGAUAUGUGUAUAGAAACUGCUUAUUCGAAUAAUAAGUAUAUGUUACGUUGUUACGCAUAUGGUAUACAGUCUAUUCAUGUUCUAUUUGUGUGUGUUGUAUGUAUGUGUAUUUAUAAUAUAUCUGGAUUUCACAGGCACACCUCCAUUAUAGUUUUUGAGGAAGAAUUUUUCUAUGGCGGUGGGGGAAUAACAAGUUGUCUGCCGGUAAGUGGCUCAUUGGUAAACCUAUUCUCCAUGACUAUCACUCCUUGAAGUCUACAUGGAAACAAGCCAAGGCUCCUAAAAAUAACACUGAUUCAGCUGAAUAUUUUGAGUUUGUUUAAUAAAUUUCUUCCUUUUGUUUCCGAAGGAAGUGCAUCUUUGUCUACCCUCUCUUUAUUUUCAAAAUACAGUGUCCUUUACUUUAGCCACCAUUACAACUUUGCACGAUACACUGUACCUACAUGUUCAAAUAUGAGUAAUUAUGAAAUAGUUUGUUUUUGUUUUUUUAAGAGUAAACUUAUUUUAGUUCAGUUAGUUUGUUUCAUCGCCAUCUAUUAUCUAUUAUGGAGAUGAUGAUGGAUUUUAAAGACAAAUAAUGGUCUUCUUAGAAAAACUCCACUAGAGCACAGGACACACAGUCAAUGGAAAAAAAUAACCUUUAUUAAAGAAAUGUCAUAAAUGUUCCCAAAAACAAAAAAAUCUGAAAGCUAAUGACAAGUCACAGUACUGUGGAACAUGCGCAGUGUCCGCUUCAUUUGUCCUCUGCCAUGUAAAUUGUGCAUUUUAUAUUGUUGUUAUUUUUGGAAACUUUUCUGGUAUUUCUUUAUUAAAGGUACCUUAUUUGAGCUUAUUACCUACCGCCAUACAAGUUAUUUUCAUGGGUCGUGUGUCCGAUGGUCUGGUGGAUUUAGACGACACACAAUCAAAUGUUUGGCAACCUCCAAUUUCAGAGAGCUAAUUUUUUCUCCAAACAUAUCUGUGAUAGGCUGGUAACAUCUCCUUUUGUUUGUUAGGGUGGUACACUGCUCGGUGAUCCAGAUACAGUGGUGGAUCUUGGGAACACAGAGGUGACCGAAGAUAUUUUUUUGGAAUACCUGUCCUCUCUGGGAGAAUCUGGUUUCAGGUGUGUUUUAGCUUCAUGUUUUUUAGCAAAUAAGAAUAAAUGUUUAAAGGGAUAUUCUAAGUACUUUACCAUUGCGCUUUAUUGUAGUGGCUAUGAUGCAUUUCCUCCAGGUUUUGUCAAAGUGGUUUGACAAAAAAAACAGAACGCUACCCAUUACUUUAAGCUCAGUACUUCAACUGGAGUCGUCAAGGUUUAGUUUCCUCAUUCUCCUGCCAAAUAUUCGUAUUUAUGCAUUGAGAGGCUUUGAACAUUGAGAUAUACAGAAACUCUCAAGUAACGAGUUAUUCACCCUGAAUUGACAAUGGAUCUCCCCGUAUCAGUUUAGGAAAGCUGAAAGGGUUAAUGGUGAUUUUCCUGUUCUAAUAUAGCAACUGACAACACAGUGUGUCUAAAACAACUUACACUAGAAUGCUUACAGCCUGAAAUAUCACUUCAAAUGGUUGUUCAUAUCAUGACGUAAAUAUGGCUAGUAAAUUGUAAAAUGUAGUUCUGAGCGUAAUACCUAGCAAAAUAUUGUAUUGAAUAAAAAUGAAUGCAGUUUAAAUUUUGGUAACUUUAGAUUGCUGAUGAAUUUAUGUCAUACCCUUUGUGUCCACAGUGGGGAGUCCUACCACUUGUUUGAUCACAAUUGCAACACUUUCUCCAAUGAGGUGGCUCAGUUUCUGACAGGGAGAAAAAUUCCUUCAUACAUCACAGAACUACCUUCUGAAGUCCUGUCCACGUAAGUGUCUUCUGUGGUGUACAUGUCAUGUAAUGUAAAAUUUACAAAAUGAAUAAUCCUAUUUUGCAUCAUGCAGUUAAUAAACCUUUGCUAAUUUGAAUUUUUAUUUGGACUAAAACUAAAAGAAAAAAAUGCAAAUACUUUGCAAAAACCGAAUCUAUAUAUUUUGUAAGCAGAGUUAGCUACUGUCUUCCAUAAGUUAUUUAUAUUCUGCCUAAGUCAGAGGCAAUAAUUUUAGAGCUUUAGUUCCUAAAGGGACACUCCAGGCACCCAGACCACUUCUGCCCAUUGGAGUGGUCUGGGUGCCAACCCCCACUACCCUUAACCCUGCAAGUUUAAUUAUUGCAGUUUUUUCUGAACUGCAAUAAUUACCUUGCAGGGUUAACUCCACCUAUAGUGGCUGUCUACCAGACAGCCACUAGAGGGCACUUCCUGCUCUAUAGCACAGAACCUGUGCUAGAGUGUUACUGGACGUCCUCAUGCUGUGUGAGGACUUCCAGCAUCACUCAGUUCCCCAUAGUAAAGCAUUGAAAAGCAUUAACUAUACAUUUGCAAACCAUGCAUUGCCGCGUAUGCGCAUUAGGUCUCCACGUCCGGUGGGCGGGAUCAGUCUCGCCCACCGGCUGACGUAAUGACUGGGAGGAGCAGCGGCGAGAAGAAACCACCGCCAAGGUACAUCGGUGGGGUCUCAGGUAAGUGACCUGAAGGGGUUUUCACCCCUUCAACAACCAGGGAUUGGGAGGUGGGAAGUAGAGGGGACCUGCAGUGCCAGGAAAACGGAUUGUUUCCUGGCACUGGAGUUUCUCUUUAAGACCUUAGCUAUUUGGCGUAGGCAACCUUCAGCACUACAGAUGUUGUGGACUACAUCUCCCCUAAUGCUUUGCCAGCAUUAUGUCUGUAAGAGCAUUAUGGGUGAUGUGGUCUAACACCUGGCAUGCUGAAGGUUGCAUACACCUGAUAAGACACAGAAGUACCUUAUCAGGAGUAUAAGAAAUAGAAACAGAAGUAAUAACGAAUUAUUACUGCCUACGGAGUACCAUGCUAGAGUAUAAUUUAUUUAUUUUUUAUUUUAUUUUUUGACACCGUCUGCAAGAGUGAUAAAUUAUCAUUCAUGUAGAUCAUAUUUUAUUCACACACCUUAAUAACUAUAUUUUUCUUCUUUUUUUCCUUCCAGACCAUUUGGACAAGCCCUCCGUCCUUUCUUGGAUUCUGUUCAAAUCCAGCCUCCUGGUGGGAACAGUUUCAACAGGCACAAUGGACCAAGCUAACUGGAGGAGCACCUCAUCAGGCGUGGGCAGUGUCCUACUUUUUAACUUAAUACAUUUUUUAGUAUAUGUUUUCACCCAUAAGUGUUCAUUGUAUCAUUCAUUUAACUAUAAAUGGGGCCAUACUGAAAUUGUUGAUAUUUUUGUAUUUAAAUCAUUUAGAAAGAGUUAAUUAAUUGUUCUAAUGUAUAAAUCAAAUGGUAUUAUUUUAAACAGUUUGUUAAAUACUACAAUAUAAAAUUGUUCUUUUAAGGUUGAAAACUAUUUAUUUAUUUACAGUAUACUCUGCUUGGGCCGAGCACAGAUAAAGUCUAAUGCUCACUUUUGAUGCUGUCGCUGAAUGAUAUUUUAUAAAGAGCAAUUUUAAAACAAAGUUCUAGAAUUUGUAUAAUUGACACGGGAACUGAAUAGCAUUUUCAGAGGGGUCCCAUUUGUUAAAACUAUGCGUCUAAAAUGCUUUUUAUGUAUUGUGAACAUCAAAAGGACUUUAUCGUGACAAAUCCAUUGUAGGGUUGCAGAUUUUACCUAUAAAUUUUGCCAUCCACAUGGGCCUGUUUAAUAAACUUUUAAAAUGAUUAAAUACUGUUAGAAGAACUUUCCGAAAAUGUAUCUUCCGAAGUCCCUAUUAAAGUCUAUGGGGAUUUUUGUAAAUAAAUCAUUUGGUAAGUUUUUCUAACAGCGUUGAUUCAUUUGGAAAACUUAUUAAACUUGAGACCAUGGUUUGCAAAUGUAUAGUUAAUAGCAUUUGAUGUGUACUAAAAGGCACACAACACACUAAGUGUGGAAAAUUUCCAGACACCGUACCUACAAACAUGGCGCCCAGAAAAAGACACAUUGCCACAAGUCACACAUCAUUCAUUGUUGGAUGCCAAAAGCUUAAUUUUCUACAGCUGGUUUAUUUUUUUAUUUUUUUUAUGUUUCCAUUUACUGGAGGUUAUGCCAGAAAAAUACAUGUCCUUACUUAAAGCUAAUCUGUCAUCCACAUGAUUUUAUCUUAAAGUAUCAUAGUAUUAUGUAAUAAUUCUGAACCAUACAAUCUAAGUUGCUUUUGCCAUCAGACACAUUUCAGUGUGCUCAAAUAAGGCCUUCCAAAGACUUGCAAAUAUCAACGCAAAGUAGUGUAUGCUCCAGUUUGUUGAUCUCUGCCCCCAGUGACCUCCAUGUUAUACAGGUUUUACAAGUGCUAUUCUCCAUAGACAGAAUACUACCUGAAUGCUAUAGCAUUUAAAUCAUUUUAAUAUAUUAAGUUGUUUUCUGGUGCUGUGGCAGCAAUGCCUUUUAGUUAAACCUAUCAUUUUCCACUUCUUGUGACUAUAGAUUACAGUUAAAGCCCAAAAGAAUAUAAAAAAGGAGACAUGUAUAUGAUUAAAGGAUUAAUGCUAGGCAGGGUUUGGCAGUAUAAACGUAAUGUAGAUGAUCUUAAUUCUAUGUUUUGUGAAAAUUGGUGUUUUAGCAGAUAUGGAACAGCAACUUUAACCUUUGACCACGAUUUACUCUAAUUAUAGCAUUCCUGUAUGAGUUCUUAAUCUGCUAACUGCGAAUGUGUUUACACAUUUGUUUUUGUUUCAAAAUGGUGCUCUUCUCUUGGGUAUGUUAAAGGUCUAAGACAACUGAUUGCUCUCAGCCAAUGCGUCAAACCCUCUGACAGUUUCCAGCUCUCCAUCAUCCGUAGUGGUGGUGGAGCACAGCACUUGGCACAUCCCUGGUAAGAUGUCAAACCAUUCAAAAAUGGUUACACUCCUUACAAUGGUCACUUCUACAGCAAUGCACACUACAGCUUACUGUAGUGAUUUAUAGUGCUUGUUGUGGUCUGUUAAUUGGAAUAAUUGGAUAUUAUAUAUAUUAUUUAUAUAUAAUAUUGGUUCCAUUCAGUGUAUUGUGGAUACUAGUGUAGCAAAUGUGGAAAAACAUCUGCAAAUUUGGGUUUGGUUAUAUCCAAUAUUAUGGAUCUGUCUCUGUGCUAAACAAAACAGGAAACUUGUCUCAUUGUAAACCUCUGCAUUUUGACAUUUCUGUGCCAGGUCUCACUAUGUCUGGAAAUUGUCAUGUUUGUAUUCUUCUUUUACCCGAGUUAUUGCCAGAAUGACCUGCGUUCGUUUGAAAUGUCUUGGGAAAACCUCUCAGCUACAACUCACCAGUUCAAAGUAAUGUGAAAGUAAAUUACAUUGUUAGGAAUAUUAAGAUUUAAAAUGGAAACGCAGUAUCUUUAUCUGAACAAACCACUCAUUCCUUAUUUUUGUGUAAUAGUUCAAGACCUUUACAUAUAAUCAUUGAUGCAAUUCGCAUGUGCAUUUCAAUCAAAAGGCAUCAUAGAGACCACUGGCAGAUGUUAAAUGGUGGUUGGCUACAUAGAAUGUCUUAGAGUGGUUCAUAACUUAAUGAGUAACAAUUAGUAUUGGAACCUAUCAUUUAAAGGAAAACACUACUUAUGUUUUAUUUAAAAUGAGAGAUCACAUGUAUUAUAGCCUAUGUGUAUAUUACUUUCCAAUGCAUGCAUAUAAGGAACUUAUUUCCACUGCAUCUCCUGACUUACUCUUGGUCUGUGAAGGCAGCCAUCUUUGAGUCUUUUUGGGUCCUAAGUGCCAGUUAUUUGACCAAAAACUAUGCAGUAAUGAAGAGCUUGUGUUUGUUCACAAAUCCUAACAUGUGCAAGCCCUGGGUAUCUAAAAAAAUUGGAUGGUUUAGGCUUUUUUAGAUUGUGCAGGUGCUUAGAAGAAAAAUACUGUUUCUGACCAAAGAAGGCUAAAAAUGGCCACCCACACAGAGAAUGGCUAAAUUAGGAGAUGGACCAAAUGUGCAUUUAAAUAAUACACAAGAAGGAACAUUUUUAUUUAUUUUCUCAUUAAUAAAAUUACAAGGUUAUUUUUUUAAGUGGAUAAAGGUCUGUUGGUAUUAUGUCAACAAUUGUUGUACAUGUUGUUAUUCAUAAAAUAAGAGUACAUUUGUAUGUGUGUGUGUGUUGGCAGGUGUUUACUUUAAGAUUAUGAAUUACCAGUUUGACAAAUGAUAAACCUUUCCCUAAUCUGCAGUACCGCUUUACUGGAGUUCAUCUUUUGUUUUUAACAGCCCUGCACAAUCCGUCCCCAGAAGGGUUUACCUCUUUUCUACUACAAUGGAACGACGGCUUGGGGUUCUACAUAUGUAGCGUUACUUUGUGUUAGGAAGCAUACCAUAUGCACAGAUUGUUGGCUUAGUACAUAAUACUCAAAGAUCUUCAUUCAUUUAAUAGUGGGUUCCUAUACUAAUUUAGCAGUUAUACGCCUGCUUGAUACUCUUGUAUUGAAUACAGAUAUUGUUGUCCCUGUUAUCAUUUAUAUUAUUAUAUAACAAUGAUUAACAACAAUUUAUUUUUAGUAGGUGUGGAGAUGCUAAUUCUAAUUUUUUUUGAAUAGAUAUUUACUACACAUCAUUAGCUUUCCAUCAUUGACUGUAUUGACAUCAGAACCUUAAACUUAUAAUAAAGAUGGUUUCAUAACACUAAACUGUGCAUUUGUAUUUUUCCUUUGUUCAAGUUUAAACAUGCACCUUUUAUGGACUGUACCAGAAAGGGUAGGAGCAGAUUUGGUUUUCUUGUAGUGCUGGAUCAUUUAGACAAAUGGGGUGUUGAUACACGUAUAGUUCUUAUAUUUACAUACUUUGUGAUUUAUUGUUAAUUGAUGUCAUGUUUCUCAUGAUGACAUAGGGU